UUUUAUUUCUGAUUGGUGCACCUAAUGGGAGGAGGAUGGUGGUCAUGGUUUGGCACCUGAGGAGGGGGUUUGACAUGGUUGUUUGCUUCAGCAGCAGAACAUCUUGAUUCUCCCUUAUCAGACAGGUACUGUACAGUCUUAGUACCACAAUGUUCUCCCAUUCUGCUGGGAUUAGAAUGGAGGGGAGCCACGUAGUCUCCACUUCUUUCUGUUUCUCUGAGCAGAUGUUUAUUGUUGUACUGGGGAGCACGUUGACUUCCGUCCAUCCAGGUAGUUGCAGCUGCUUUUUACCUUAAAAUUCUGAAUUCACGCUAGGUUUAACUCUAUCCAUCAGCCCACACUCUGCAUCCCCUGUAUGUUGUCCAGAAAACUCUUUAAACCAAUCUGGGGUCACUGAGUUCCUCCAGACUCUCCAAGUCUGUCCAGAGCUUGAGCUGUGUCAAGGUGACUUUCUUCCAUUUUGGAAAAUUUUAUAGAGCUCUCUCCCCAUAUAUUUUUAAGGCAUGAUCUAGUAGCAUUAACAGCUUGAUUCAAUCAUUAACAAGAAAUUGCAAAAGGACAAGCAAACUGAUGCAGAAAACAGCUGACGAAACAAACAGUUUGGCAGAUGGUGGGAAAGGAACAGCUGUGGCAUCGUAUUUUAAGCGAGAGCCUGAGACAAAGGAAACCUGAGUCCUGGGGCAGGAGAGCAGCUCCUGGGAGUCAUUGCUGUUAAUUUAUUUGACUUGGUGCUGGACCCCACUGCACCUGAGGUACUGAUAUAUUCCACAUUCCUUCCAGCAGCAAAUGAAAAAUAUGUAUCUCUUCCUCCUUUCCAUUUCAUCUUUGCUUUUGAAAGUUAGUGGCACCAAAGAUGUUGUAUUCGGUCAUAAUAAUUUCACAGAAUAUCAAGUGGGCAACAUGAACCUGAUUCUCUCUGUCCCACAUGGUGGGUCAAUGGAACCUAAAGACAUCCCUGAUCGAGAGGCUGCCUGUUGGGAUGCAAAGUUAUCCUCCUGUAUUUUCUCUCAUGACUGUCCUCCUGGAAGUAUUCAAAAUUAUAAGAAAUGCAAAGUGUCUACCAACCAAGACAGGUAUACUAUAGAGGUGGCUCAGACUCUUGCUGAAGAAAUCAACAAUAUUACUGAUGGCUUCUUCCCACAUAUCAUUAUAAACCACCUACAGAGGUUCAAGAUGGAUGCUAACAGGGAAAAGGAAGAAGCCUCCUUUGGAAUUCCCCAAGCAGAACAGGCCUGGGAGGACUAUAUGGGAUUUUUGACCACUGCAAAAUCACAGAUGUCAGGGGGCCUGAUUCUGGAUAUCCAUGGACAAGCACAUCCUGAAAGGUGGAUAGAACUAGGUUACACACUUUCUAAAUCUUCCCUUAACUCAGGUGUUUUUUCUGCAUCAUGUUCCUCAAUUAGCCAUCUGUCCAAUCAGCUAGUCAACGUGUCUUCUGAGACCUUGGUUUCAGGGAACAGAAGUUUGGGUAAAUAUAUUGAAGAACAAAAUAACAGUUAUGUUUGUGUGCCUUCUCCAUCCAAUCCUAGCCCAAAUAAUGGGAGCUAUUAUAGUGGUGGAUACAUAACAAAGACGUUUGGUUCCCGUAGUUCUGGCACCGUUGAUGCCAUUCAGCUUGAACUACCCCAGUGGGUGAGGGCAGCUGAAGAGCGUCCCAGAUUUUGUAAAGCACUGGCAAGGGCUGUAAUGAAAUUCUGGCAAACUAACUACUGUAGCCAGUACAAGCAUGAAUUUCUGCCAUGCUGAAAGAGGUUGUGUUGUUAAGGUACCUUUCCUUAAUUCAGUAAUGAUCUGAAUUAACAGAACAACUCAUUCACCUGGAACAUUUAAGCCUGCAAUAUAAUUGUGGAUGCCGGUGGAAAGAAACUAACCUGCAAAGGAAUACAGAGACAUUGACAUAGAGAAAAUCCACAGCUAAUACCAACAAGUCCAUUAACACACAGCUUUGUACUAGAUCCAGCAUUGAAAAGACUGCUAUAAGUGGGUUUAUUUGGAAGUAUUUCUGUGUUUAAUUUCUUUCCAGUGUCAUCCUCUAUUCUCUCGCACAUAAUAAACAACUAAUCCUCUAA